GUUAUAUAGAUGACACUGAGCAACGAAAGGAACUGGCCACAAAAAUACUGACACUUGAAACCCGGAUCCUUGACCACAUGGAACAUAGAUGGCAAGGCAUUCGGAUCCGUGGCAAGCUACACAAACAUAAGGUGGAAGGAUCAAUGGAUGUAAGGUUUUUCGCAAUGGCCAAGACAAAAGUGGGCAGAACAACUAUUGAAGCACUGGAGGACCCCAAUCUUCAUCGGGGACCGCUGUUCACCUCAACAGCUGAGUGCACCAAAAUAGCUAGGGACUUCUAUCAGAACCUCUUUAAGUCGGAAUGCGGGGACAGACCCCUCGCACAGCGCCUGGGGGAGAUAGAGGAGUUCUUGAGUCCCCUCUCUCGAACUCUUACAGAGCAUCAGAGAGAGCAGCUGGAGAUGCCACUAACAAAGGAGGAGGUGUGGACAACCCUGAUGCUCAUGGACGAGGAGAAGACCCCGGGUAUCGACGGUCUGCCAAAAGAGUUAUGGGAGUCGAUGUGGGGAACUAUCUCCCAAGACUUGAUGGACUACUAUCACACACUGUGGGAGACAGGCCAAAUGGGGGAAUUUGUGGGCCAAGGGGUGCUGACGCUCCUCUACAAGAAAGGUGCCAUGGAGCUCAAGGAGCAACUGUUCAGUCCAGUGGAGAUUGUGAAACACAUAAUGCAGAUGGCGAUUGCAGCUACUCGAGAGAAGGGAAUCAGCGUGGAGAGUUCCGUCGAGGAGGGAGUUCCCACGCAGGUACUUGGGGACGCUCUCCGAAUCCGGCAGGUGAUGAAGUACUUGGUGCUGAAUGCCAUCAAGUUUACUGAAGCCGGUCGCGUGAGCAUUCACCUCGGCGUGGCUGACAAGGAACCGGAACGCGUCCGGCGGCAAGGGGUAUCAACACCUCAUGCGAAUACCAGAAAGCGGGAGGACGUCCGCGAUCCGUCCCAUUGCGUUUCGUCAGCCUUGGAUCUUCGGGGCGAUGGGAUUGAAAACAGUGGCGAGCCGGGCGACCACCCUCCUGCCACUAUGAAACCCAGCCAGGCGGCCUGCACAAGCUCGGGGGAAAGCUCGGGCCGGCUACGCGCUAGCGGCAAUGGAGCUGAUGAUAGUGAAGGAGCGGUCAGCAGCAGUGCGAUCUCCGCUUCGGAGCCUGACGUCUGCAGGAGGACUGCGAGGGGGGGCGAUGGGAUCGACAGUGAUGAAUCUGGCGACUGCUCUCCUGGAACCUCUACGAAACCAAGCCAGGGCGGGUGCACAAGCUGGAGGGGAAGCUCAGGGAGGCUACGGGCUGGUGAGAAUGGAACAAGUGAAGGAGCGGUGAGCAGCAGUGCGAUCUUCGCUUCCGAGGCGGACCUCUGGAGGAGGACCGCGAGGGGGAACGCGGAUACGGCGAAGGGUAGUAGCAAGUGGGGAAGUACAAGCUUGUUGCGAAUGGGAAUGGAUAGCAGCAAGGGUAAGGGUAGUAGCAGCGAAGAAGGGCGAGGAGGAGGAGGAGGAGGAGGAGGAGGAAGUGGGGAGGUGGGAUGGUUUACGCAGCGCGGUUUGCCUAAGAACUUCGUGACUGUCGACAAUGCUGUCAAGAAGCAGUGGUUUCUUGUCGCCGGCGAUAAGCGGAGAGAGCAGAGCAGUAGUUUUGGUUCCCAGGCCACCUGCGGCGAAGGAGGAGGUCUCUGCGCAAAUCGCGCUCCCGAGGGCGCGGAGACGUUCCCCCCCGCCCCGAGAAGAAUCGCACGGACUCUCUCCGCCGCCGCAAGCCCCCGGACUUGCUUUCUUGAGGGUUAUGGCGUAGGGUAUUAUGCAGGAUCUUCUCCGAAAGCACUCCGCCCAUCGAGCAAUGUCUCAGACAUUCUCAAGGCUUCUCUGUCUCAUUCGAUGCCCGCCCGUGCAUCCUCGCCGUGUGCAGGUUCUGUAACGGGGGACCCGGGAUCGAAUACUACUGCCGACGGUUUUGGCCCGCAUUCUGGCAAGGGCGAAGGGCCUCCGGGAGGAAAGAGUGGGUGGACGGCAGAGAGAGGCUGUGUACAGCUGGAACUAGGUGAGGGUUUGAAGAAGUUGGAGCGGCGGAGAUCGUGGGCGGGGUUCCACUGCGGUGCGGAGCUGGACGCUUGGGUGAAGCGAGGAGGGGAGCGAAAAAGGGCUGUGCGGAAAUGCAAUGCUAGUGCUCAGCAAGUAGAUAGGUCGGGAGAUGGGUCGACGGAGGAGGGGAGGGCGGCGUCGACGAUAGCCAAGCUCAGAGGCGACAACGACGCGUCGCCUGCGAGCGAGCCUGGCGUGUGCUCGUCAACCGAUGCAAACAUUGCGACAGGGGAAGUGAAAUCGACAGAUAAGCGUAUGGAGUGUCAUCAUUGGGGCCGCAGCGGCAGCAGCAGCAGCAGCGGCAGCGCUGGCGCCACAAAGGGCGGCGACCUCUGGCUAUGGUGCGAUAUUGUGGACACUGGAGUUGGCAUCCCUGAAGAGGUAGUUUUUGUGCAGCCGGGGUCGUCCGUUGUGGUGUUGGGAUCUUGGUUCACUUUUUGACCCCUUGUUGAUUACUUGCUGUGUAGGGGAGCAGGGGUAGUUGGAAUGAACGCCACAUUGAGAA